AUGACUGGCCGUUUGGUGCGCUCAGAGUCGACAAGUGUACUUUCGCAGACGGAUGCCGGGCUAAUGAGAAAGUCAGUCCAUAUGCCCCAUAUGGUUGCGCAGAGUGAGGCCGCCCUAGAUGCAAGCAAAGAGAUUAAGGACAUCAUCGAGAAGGGACAUGUCUCAGGUAAGUUGGAAUUCAUUAGUUAUGCUGCCCUACUUUUCGAAUUGAAAAAUUUAAUAGUGUGGUCUAUUGUAUGUUGUGGACUCCCUAAAAUACAGCCAAUUUUGCAGAAAUGUUAUUUUAUAAUAUUAAGCUUGAGGCAAUUUCCCUUAUUAUGUUGGACUACCUAUAAUUUCGUUUGA